AUGGCCCGCCACUCCAAGGCGGCGAACCGCACGCACAAGAAGCGGUCGUCGCCCGGCGACCAGCAGCAGCAGCAGCUCCCGGCGGCGUCGCCGCUCUUUUUCAACUGCGAGUGCGUCUUCUCCCUCUUCCUCGUGGCGCUCCUCGCGGCGCUGCCCUUCAACAUCAACGCGGGCUACUUCCGGCAGAGCCGCGAGUCCUUCGUCAUGCGCGCCGAGGAGCUCUUCUCCGACGGCGCCUUCGGCACGGCCGCCGCGCUCUACCAGCGCGCCGUCGACGCCGAGGAGACGCCCGACGGCCACGUCUUCCUCGCGGAGACGCUCGUGCGCGUGGCGCGCGUGCCCGACGCCAUCGCGCACUACGAGCGCGCCGCGGCGCUCUACGACGACGCCCGCGAGCGCGUCGCCGCGCUCGCGUCGGCCGCGCGGCUCCACGUCGAGCGGGGCUCCGCGGCCGAGGCCGUCGCGGCGUACGUGCGGGUCCUGGAGCUCGACCCGGGCCUGCGGUCGCCGGAGGUCGCCGACGCGCACGUGCAGCUCGCGGCCUACUCGCUGGGCGCGGGGAGCCGCGGCGGGCUCUACGCGGCCGUCGGCCACCUCCGGCGCGCGACGGAGAUCGCGCCGACGCUGGCCGCGGCGCACCUGCUCCUCGCGGACGGCUACCGCGACCUCGGCUUGCCGGAGCACGCCAUCGAGAGCCUGCGGAGCGUCGUCAAGUACCGGCCGCGCGACGCCGCGGGCCUGUCGGGCCUCGGCGCGGCGCACCUCGAGCUCGGCCACUUCAAGCAAAGCGUCAACGCGUACCGCAAGGCGCACGCGCUGGCGCCCGCGGCGACGGACGUCAAGUACGCCCUGGCGGCGUUGCUGGGCGAGCCCGUCGUGCCGCCGCGGGCGCCGCCGUCGUACGUCGAGGCGCUCUUCGACCUCCGGAGCCGCCGGGGCUUCCUGAGGGCGGACGCGGCGCGCGGGCCGCCGCCGCCGGGCUGGGACCUCGCGGGGUUGGAAGCUUUGCGCAACGCGAGCGACGCGCCGGCGGACGCGAAGCGCCGGAAGAAGAAGAAGGACGCGCCGCGGAGCGCGUCCGAGGCGACGGUGCUCGAGACGAUCAGCGCGAUCCUCACGGGCGACAAGGGCGCCGACGAGGUCCAGCGCUUCUCCUCCGUGGAGGAGGCCAUCAAGGCCGUGCGCGAGAACGCGACGGCGGCGCAGCGGCCCCCGGACGCGGCCGCGGCCGACGACGCCGCGGCCGCGGCGGCGACGACCCCGCCGCCGCCGCCGGCGAACCCGAACGCGAAGGCGCCGCUGCCGCCGCUCAACGGCACGGUCCAGGACGAGCCCCACCUCUUCGCCCAGGUCCACGGCCUGCUCUUCGACGACCAGCUGCUGGACGUCGUGCUGGAGACGCUGCGGUCCGCGCUCGUCGUCGACGGCGACGCGGACGGCGGCGGCCGCUGGCUCGACGUGCUCGAGCUCGGCUGCGGCGACGGCGUCGCGGGCCAGCACCUGAGGACGCUGGCGAACCGGCUGCACUGCGUGGACCUGAGCGCGGGCGCGCUGGCCGUCGCGGAGGCGCGGCGCGCGUACGACGUGCUCGAGCGGGGCGAGUUCGUGUCCACGGCGCGCGCGCUGCUGCCCGACUCCCAGGAUCUGGUCGUCGCCGUCGACGCCGUGCCCUACCUCGGCGACCUCGCGGACUUCUUCGGCGCCGUCGCGUCGGUGCUGCGGCCGGGCGGCCUCGCGAUCUUCAACACCGACGUGCUCACGGAGGACGGCCUCGAGCCCGGGUCGCCGAAGAAGGCGCGCGACAAGGCCGCCGAGUCCGAGGGCGAGGCCGCCGCGGAGCCGGGCACGAUUGACUACCGCUUGGCCUUCACGGGCCGCUGGCAGCACCGCGUCAAGUACGUCACGGGCCUCGCGAGGGCCCACGGCUUCGCGUCCGUGAAGCCGACGAUGCUGCUCAAGGUCGAGACGCGCCUCGUGUGGAACGCGCGCGAGCAGAAGGCCGGCUGGGUCGAGCGGGGCUCCAAGGAGGCGCGCGACGCCGCGAUCCGCACGGGCCAGCGCAUGGUCGAUAGCACGGAGCCGGCGACGCGCAAGAAGGCCAUGAACGCCCUGAGUGACUUCCUGCGCGACGACCUCGAGGACCUGGCCAUGCGCAAGCUCUGGCGGUCCAUCUUCUUCGCCAUGUGGCUCGCGGACAUGGCGCCCGUGCAGACGGAGCUGGCGGUGAACGUGGGCAAGACGAUCCACCGCUUCCGCGACGUCGCCGCGGCGCGGCGGUGGCUCGCGGCGUUCUGCGGCACCGUGCGCGGCGAGUGGGACCGGCUCGACAAGUACCGCGUGGACAAGUACUACAUGCUGAUCCGCCACGUGCUCCGGCAGGGCCUGGCGUUCUGCGCGAAGCGCGGCUGGGCGGGCGACGCCGUCGCGGCCGUCGAGGGCGCGCUCGACGCCGGGUUCCUCGCGGAGCCGCGGUACCCCGCGGGCAUCAAGCUCCACUACGCGGACGUCGUCCUCGACGAGCUGUGCGAGGCGUCCGCGCCGCUGGCCGCCGCGGAGGCCUUCCUCGCGCCGUGCCUCGCGGGCCUCCGGUCGACGGACGAGCCUUUGGUGCUCCGCGUGCUCGACCGCGUCUGCGACAACGCCGCGGGCCGCUGCGCCGACGACGACGGCGCCAAGCCCGUCGCCCGGGCCGUCCAGGCCGCGGUCUACGGCAUCGCCCAGGACGAGGCGACGCCCCAGCGCCACCGGUCCAAGCUCUACGCGGCCGUGAAGGCGCUCGCCGCGGCGACGGGCGAACGCGUCGCGCCGUCGAAGAAGCGCGCCGCGGACCCGGACGCGGAGGAGGACGACGACGAGGAGGACGACGAGGAGGCGAGCGCGGCGCCGGCGAAGGCGAAGCCGUCGGCGAAGCAGCUCAAGCUCAAGGCCCGGAAGCGCCUCAAGCAGAAGGCCGCGUUCUUCCAGAAGAAAAAGAAGCAGGAGGGCCUGCGGGGCCUGCUGAGCCUAUAUGUCAUGAUCUACCACUACUUUUGGUACUCGACGCUCCAGUGGGAGCUCCACGGGUCGGCGCUCAUGCCGCCGUUCUUCGUGCUCAGCGGCUUCUCGCUCGCCGUCGGCUACGGGUCGAAGCCGCUCGCGCCGGGCUCCGCGUGCUGCGGCGAAGCGGCCGACGGCGACCGGGCGCUCGACUGGCGGGCGUUCUAUCGGAAUCGCGCGGCGCGCAUCCUGCCGACCCACUACUUGAUGAACGCCGCCAGCGUGCCGCUGUCGUUCCUCGGCUACGGCCUCGUGUCGAAGAACGCGCUCGUGUCCGCGGGCGUGCUGACGGCGGUCUGCGCGACGACGUGGUUCGGGCCCAACUUCGGGUCGUUCUGCGCGCCGUCGUGGACGAUCUCGACGCUCUGCGGCUUCUACCUCGUCUUCCCCUGGGUCGCGCCCCGCCUGCAGCGGGCCGCGGGCUCGCCGCCGUGGUACGCGAUUCUCGGGUUGGGCAUGCCGGCGGGCUGCUGCCGGGUCCCGACCCCGCCGGCGGAGGCCGACGCGACGUCGCUCGCGGCGCACAUGCGCCUCUGCUUCUGGGCGCAGCUCUUCUCCGCCGCCUGGUCCAUCGGUCUGGGCAUCGCCACGGGCAUGGUGGGACCCAUGGCGACGAUGUGGGCCGUGCCGCGGUUCCCCGUGUUCCUCGCGGGCGCCUACGCGGGGCUCCUCGCGCUCCGGGGCGGCCCGGCCGCCGUCGCCGACGCGGGCCUCACCGCGCGGCUCUACCGCUGCGGCACGUGGGCGAGCGUGGCGGACCGGUCCGCGUUCGCCGUCGCGUUCCAGCUCGCGGCGCUGUCGGUCGUCGCGAUCACGGUGACGGACGUCUACGCGGCCCUGUGGCUCCAGCUCACGCUCCCCGACACCUGGGUCGCGCUGGUCCUGGGGCUGGCGCUCGACGACGCGUCGCGGACCUACCGGAUGCUCACGACGCCGGCGAUGCUGUUCUUCGGGAAGAUCUCCAUGACGCUGUACUUGGUGCACCUGCCGGUGAUGCAGUAUUUCACCUUCUUCCUGCGCGGGGCCCAGCCCAACGGCUGGCGCGGCGACGUCUGGGCGACGUGCGUCUCCGACGACUACGACGACGACGAGCAGGAGGACUGCGAGGACGCCAUGCGCCGCUUCUCGAGGCGGCGCCUCAUCCCCCCCUGGAGCAUCGCUCCGCUCGCCGUCUUGUCCUGGUAA